AGUGAACUAUUCAACCUGUAGCUGUCGCGAGGAGCGCGCGCGCGUGCUGGAUAAAAGCGGGUUGCUAUGGCGAUCAUCAGUCUGUGAGCGAGCGCGAGCACUAUGUAAACUCUCACCUUCAUACAAACCUAAAGAAGAAAGUGGACGAGAGGAGGACUUUUUUGGCGGGUGGGUUUCUGCUCAUUAAGCAUUUGACUCGUGCAUAGCAGUGACUGUUCGACAUUAAGAGACAUGUUUCUUCAUCACUUGGUGGUUCUGUGUUCUUUGACCCUGUUCGUGACGCGGAUCUCGGCACAGAAAUCCAACGGUCAACGGUGGUUGAUCGGGGAUAGAGACAACCACUGCACGGUUGCCUGCUCAAAGACUCAUGUCAAACCAGUGUGUGGCUCAGAUGGACGCAGUUACGAUACAAACUGUGAACUGCAGAGGGCAAAAUGCAAGGAUCGCACACUGACUCUAGCCUACAGGGGCCGGUGCAAAGGUAAGCUGUAUGGGCGGAUUGAUCAGUCCCCCAUGCUUACUGUUCCCACGCUGACUUCAGAAGGUAAAGAGCUAGAAAUCAAAGGCCUGUCAAAAUGCCUUGUGGAGAGGAGCCUGGCGCUGGAGCAAGCCAAGAUGGCACAGGAGUCCAUCUUCAUCCCAGAGUGCAACGAAGACGGGACAUUCGCCCAGGUCCAGUGCCACACACUUACAGGUUACUGCUGGUGUGUAACCACAGAGGGCAAACCCAUCAGUGGCACCUCAGUGCAAAACAAGACUCCAGUGUGCUCAGGAAACGUCCAUGAAUUUAUGGGAACUCAUGCUGGGACGAGUGGAAUGACAGGUUCAGUAACUGAUAAACCUCCAGGACCACCUAGCUCUGGCAGAAAAGUCUCUUUCCGUUUCUUUCUCACCCUCAACCCAGAUGAUGGCUCCAAACCCACACCCACAAUGGAGACCUACAUCAUCCCAGAUGGUGAAGAGAUCACAGCCCCCACACUGAGGGAUAAACAGACGCUGCCCUACAGCAAAGACAAACAGAACAGCUCCAGCAGCAGAAAGCCAGAGAAAGUUCCUUCUUGUGACCAAGAGAGACAGACGGCACUUGACGAGGCUCGGCAGAACCCAAGAGACGGAGUCUUUGUCCCAGACUGUGGGCUGCUAGGCCUGUACAAGCCUGUGCAGUGCCACCAAUCCACCGGAUACUGCUGGUGUGUGGUGGUAGACACAGGACGACCCAUACCCGGAACCUCGGCCAGAUAUAAAAAGCCUGAGUGUGCAGUCCGUUCCCCCGUGACUGAUAUGGAGGAUCCUUUCCGAGACAGAGAUCUGAAUGGCUGUCCAGAUGGAAAGAAAAUAGAAUUCAUAACCAGCUUGUUGGAUGCCCUAACCACAGACAUGGUAAACACCAUUAACUCACCAACUCCCUCUGGUGGUGGGAGAUUUGCAGAACCUGACCCGAGCCACACUCUGGAGGAGCGUGUGGUACAAUGGUACUUCUUUCAGCUGGACAACAACGGCAGCCAUGACAUCAGCAAAAGGGAGAUGAAGCCUUUCAAACGCUAUGUGAAAAAGAAAGCCAAGCCCAAGAAAUGUGCUCGCAAGUUCACUGAUUACUGUGACCUGAACAAGGACAAGGCCAUUUCUCUGCAGGAGCUGAAAGGAUGCCUUGGGGUCAAUAAAGAAGGUACUACAACAAGCAGCAGCAGUCAGGGGACAAGGCAAGGAACUAAUUUGUUCACUGCCCUCCAUUUUCCGCAACCCCCACCUGCAGGAAUCGGUGUGCAUGCCCCCCUGAAGUACUUCCAGACUGAAGCUGAGCAGCCAUCGCGCUCCAGCCGUUUCAAAUCGCUUGACUCAGUAAGCAUGGCUGCAAUCACAGCUAAUCAAGCUAUCAGCAUGAAGGCAUGUCGAUUACUGUGAAAUAUAUGUAUGUAUAUAUAUAUAUAUAUAUAUAUAUAUAUAUAUAUAUAUAUAUAUAUAUAUAUAUAUAUAUAUAUAUAUAUAUAUAUACUAAGAGAGAAGCACUUUUAUUCUCCAACAAUUUGUUGUGGUGCAAUAAAUUUCACAGAAGUCAUAGAAAUGGAAGUCAAAACAUACAGGAUAUAAAUGUAAGGGCUCAAGUAAGAAAAUAUCUCCUAGUUCCUAAUUAACCCUGAAAUGGAGUUCUUUUUAUGUGUUUUUUGAACAGUUUAGAGCUUUUAGUUUGUUAAUAAUUAUUGGUGUACCUUUAUGGUUCUACAUUGAACUGUUAAGAGAGAAAUCCUCUUGGAGUUUCGAUUUAUACUAUUGCAUAUUUGUCAUUUGCAGUUGCUGACUUUAUAGUUGGUAGAUUUAAUACGUUUAUUUAGUAAUAUUUGAUUCUUUAAACAACCACCACCAACAACAAUAACAACAACCACCAGCAACAACCACAAUAUAUACAGUACCGUGCAAAAGCACUCUCUUUUUUUUCUUUAGUACAAAUUUUGUUAUAAACACUUAUUUUAUGAAUUCUGCAUUAUUGAGUCAGUACAAAAAAUGUAUAAAUAUAAAUAAAUAAUAAUAAUAAUAAUGCUACAUGAAAAAUGUUUGUAUGUCAGUAAAGAAUGCAACAUUUUAUGUAAGAAUCACUUUUCAGAUAAAAACCGUAAUGAAGGCUAAAAAACAUAAUGAAACUCACCAGCAUAUUUCCUUAUAAAACUGCGCAAAUUGUACCCGAGACUACUAUUUAAGGGGGAAAAGCGAAGGCUUGUCAUGCCAAAUAUUAUUAUUUGUUAUUAUUAUUUAGUUUAUUACUGUUUACUGCACAGUGUGGUAUUUCAUUAUUUUUGAAGGCAUUUCUUUUUAUGCAUAUAUACAGAGAGAGAGAGAGAGAGAGAGAGAGAGAGAGAGAUUAAAAAGGAUAAUUGUUUUUCUGGUCCUUACAUGAAAUUCUAACAGAACAGAACUGGGCUAUAUCACACACAUAUUUAAGGCUUAUGAAGGUGAGAGCAUUAAAUGCUUUGUGAUGCUGGUUUGUAUGUGAAGGUAAAGAUGCUGGUGGUGUAGGAUUGAGGCUCGAGUGUGUUAGACUGGAGAAAGGAGAUGGGCGGGUGGAGAGAUAUUUAGUGUCAUAGUAAUGAGAAAUCCUGUGUAGAAUUAGAGGAGACAGCAAAUACAUACCUAUAGUAUACAGAUGAAGAGGUCAGAGAGCUGGAUAGAGUAAAAACUAAUUCCAUUCACUCAGGUUAAAAAGGCUCUAUUUGUUUGUUUGAUUUUAAUGUUUAUUAUUAUUAUUAUUAUUAUUAUUAUUAUUAUUAUUAUUAUUAUUAUUAAUCUAGUAAUAACAUGAAACUCUAACAGAACUGGGCUAGUCACACAUAUUUAAGGUUUAUGAAGUUGAGUGUAUUAAAUCCUUUGUGUUGUUGGUUUGUAUAUGAAGGUAAAGAUGCUGGUGGUGUAGGAUGGAGGCUCGAGGUGUUAGACGGGCAAAAGGAGAUGGGUGGGUGGAGAGAUGAAAAAAAACAAGCUUACAAGCAGCUGCACUACAUCUGUCUUACACUGACAUGUGGCAUUUGUGAAGUUCAAAAGAAGUUUUAUAAUGAUGCAGCUGCUUGUGCGUGUGUAUGUGUGUGUGUGUGUGUGUGUGUGUGUGUGUGUGUGUGUGUGUGUGUGUGUGUGUAAAUGUAAAGGUGUGUAGAUUUUUUUUCUACUCCUGAGUGAAGCGUUUUUUGAAAAUUAAUUUGUUUAAUAAAUUAGCCCAGGUUUUAAAAAGAAAGACAAUUCUCACUUUCAACACAGGAAAUGGGUUAGAGCUUGAAAGGCUAGAUUUAAAACAAGAGCUUUUAUAUAGUUUCAGAACAGUAGAAUAGCAGUCCCCUCCUUUUUCCAGCUCCCCCUCAAGUGUAUGAAACAAAGAUAUUACAUAAGCAGCUUUGCCCAUGUGUACCCACUGAUCCUGAUGGAUAUUUCAAAGGCCAUUAGAGCUUAUUAAAGGCAGUCAGUUGUAGGAUCACAUAGUUAAUAGUUACAAUGAGGGUCUGAGCAGUGUGUGUGUGUGUGUGUGUGUGUGUGUGUGUGUGUGUGUGUGUGUGUGUGUGUGUGUGUGUGUGUUGUGGGGGAUUGGUGGGAAAGUGUUUUUAAAACUCGGGGUAUUCACUGUGUUCCAUUUGUGCCUGAUGCCCUGCUUGAUUCUCUGGAGCAGCACCUGCUCUACAUGCCCAGAGGUCACCUGUCAAGAGGUCAAUACCUAAAGUCAAAGGUCAUGUCACAGAAACUCAGAAAUGAUUGAGAAUGUAGAUGGCCUCAUCAGGGCAGGUGUUUGUCUUUGUUCUAUCUCUUGGUUUUUUUCUGUCCUAGUUUUUUUUAUUUUUUUAUUUUUUUUAUUUUUUAUGGCUGUUACAAGUGGCGUUAAAGUGAGAGCAGAAUCUUAUACAUAUUGAUUGAUUAUAAAAGCACAUACAUCAUUCACAAAACCCAUAGAACAGCUCAUGUCAGUAAAACAAGGUAUGUUUAAAGUGUGAGGUCUAAUGCAGCUUAAAAUAUGAUCUCGCACCAUCUGUUUCCUAUUACAUUUUUCAUUAGCACUGAUUAGGUUUCAUUUCCAGAAUGAUAAAAGCCUGGAAAAGGUUCCUUUCUUGCAUUUCUUAUCGCUUAUUUCAGGGCUAAAACUGCAGUUUGGGAUUAAGCCCAGACCUUGUACUUUUGCAAUACAUCAGCUCAGUCUUUUGUUUGUAUGUGCUUUUAUUGCUGAUACAUAAUAACCCUUAAAUACAUUUUCAGUCAGUUUACAGUUUUAAUGUUACAGCAAACCAAUAAAUGUUAUUAAAUUCAUGGUCUUAUUUAAAUUGCAUAAAGGUAAUAGAUGCCA